AUGGAGACUGCCAACCUCGAGCAUCUGCUCGACUUCGAUUACUCGGUGCGCGUGAAUUUAUCCCAUAGCUCGCUCUGCGGAGAUCGCCAGCAAUCGGUGACUUUGAAGCUCCGCUUGACGGAAGACGAUGGAUCCGAGCGACAGGUGGUGCUCGAGCUGGACGACAAACAGCUCACCUCGCUUCUCCACGAUAUCGACUGCAUCCAUCAACAGCUAAUCAACAACAACAAGUAA